AUGCACAUACUCGGCCUCGUGUUCUUGAGCUUCAGCUCCCAGUACUAUCAGAUCUUCUUGAGCGAGAGCAUAUUGUCUGGAAUCGGCGCAUCUACCUUAUAUUACGCCAGUCUCAAUGCCGUCAGUACCUAUUUCUGGAAGAGAAAGGCUUUCGCGAUAGGAAUCGUGGGUACCGGCGCUUCUUUAGGUGGCAUUCUCAUACCCAUCAUUUUUGACAGCCUCAUAGCUCGUGGCGUGGACUUUGGAUGGGCUGUCAGAAUCUUGGCCUUCACCUUUCUUAUUCUCCUCGUAGUCGGUAAUCUUGCGUGUACAUCACGUCUAGUACACCAUGCGCAGAUUCCGCAUAUCUUGGACUUUUUUCGCCCUUUUAAAGAAGUCGAGUACGUGUUGCUUAGUAUGGGUGGCUUCUGCACCUUUUGGGCCCUCUUUGUUCCCAACACAUACCUUCCUAGUUAUGCCAGAUCGCAGGGUGCUUCGAAUACCAUCGCGACUUCUACAUUAAUUGUCCUGAACGCUAGCAGGUAA